AUGUCUACGUUAAUUGACCACCAAAUUGAGAACGCGAAGCGCGUGUGUCAACGGUGCCUUGUUCAACAGGUUGGUCCUCCCGCGCGGUCCGUCGCGGACGCUACACAAAUCCUCAACACACUGGAAGGUCUUUUAAACAAAUAUGGCGAUUAUUGCAAAUUUUGGAUUGGACCAAAUCUUAAUGUAUGUGUGAAAAAUGCAGGCGAUAUUAGACUGUUGUUAACGAGUAACCAACUUAACAAAAAAGGGCCUUUCUAUGAAGAAAUGAAGUCUUUUAUUGGUUCCGGAAUUUUAUCUGGUGGCCCAAAUUGGCGCAACCACAGAAAAAUAGUGACACCAUCAUACAAUAAGAUAUCAGUGCAAGUUUACUCAAAAGUAUUCAACAAGGAGGCAAGAGAGUUGGCCACAGUUCUCGCCAACAAAAACCCAAAGACCACCUUCAAUGUUUACUGUGACGUUGUACGUUUUACUACGCAAUCUGUCUGCCAAACGCUAAUGGGAUUGUCAAAAGAGGAGUCUAAAAAUGUGAAAAGAAUGGAUGAAAUUGUUGCAUUAACCCAGUCAAUGUACAACAAUAUAUUCGAAAAUAUCGCGCACUGGUGGUUACGUAUACCUGGUGUGAAAAUUCUCACAGGUCGCUGUAAUAAAGAAAAGUACUAUAUUAAGCUCAUACAAGAGUUCACUUCAGAUAUUUUGGAGAGGAGGACAAGGGCGUUGAAUGAAAGUGGAGGAACAAUUGAAGAAUAUAUGGGGAUUGUUGAUAGAUUUAUUUUGUCGGGAGAAGUCAGUGACCAAGAUAAACGAUUUGAAAUAUUUACACUCUUCACAACUAGUCAAGAAGCUUCGGCAAAGUUAGCUUCAGCAGUUCUGUUAUUCUUAGCCCACUUACCGGAAUGGCAACAAAAAGUAUACAACGAAAUCAUGGACGUCCUAGGAACAGACGAAGACGUGACCGAGGAUCAUUUGAAGCAACUGCACAGCCUUGAUUUGGUGUACAAGGAGGCACUUAGAUAUCUCUCUAUUGCUGCAUUUAUACAGAGGAGUGUGGAAAAAGAAAUUACUAUAAAUGAAGGAAAAUUGACGUUACCAGUUGGUACAGCAGUAAUUAUAUCGAUUCAUAUGCUACAUCGGGACCUCUGUCACUGGGAAGAACCAAACAAAGUGAAGCCAGAGAGAUUUCUGCCCGAGAACGUGAAGCAACGAGAUCCUAAUGCUUUUGUGCCGUUUAGCUUGGGUGCUAUGGACUGUUUAGGUAGAGUCUACGCUACAUCUCUUAUAAAAACCUUUGUCGUCCAAACACUAAGGCGAGUUCAGUUGGAAGCAGAUGGAAACAUUGAAGAUUUAGAACUCCACGUUGCCAUCUCAGUGAAGUUCGCGAAGGGAUACAACUUGAGAGCUCGACCACGUACUUGAUCUCGACUUGAGAGUUAAGGGUUGUAGAUUGCAGGUUGUUUAAUUAAUGUAGU